GUUGUUGCAGAGAGUUUGGCAAAGGGUAGUGGGGGUUAAGAUUUGAAUGCCAAUAGAAAUGGUCGUCUGUUGUGCGGCUUACGAUGAGAUUUAAUGGCAAGAAGAUGAUGAGGGCUGCUGCACAGUGUGCUGGCAUUGCUAAGGAAACGUUUGAAGCUUUGAGAAAAUGUGAUCACCUUACUAACAUUCAAGUUGCUGCCUCCGUUGACGCCAAGGAUCUUGAAUAUCUUGAAGCUGCAUGAGUGCUCCACAAUAUUGGGAUUUCCGUGGGCAAAAAGGGUUACGAUAAGCAUUCUUAUUCUAUCAUAACAAACGGCAAUCAUCUUCAUGGUUAUGGUACUGAGGAGGUCAAGCCGUCAAGUGAAUCUGCAGCUGAUAGCUCUACUUCCAAAACACCACAUGAAGAACUUACCAAACUUUUACCAUGUAUCCUUCAAGGAGUUUCCAGAACAGGUCAAAAAGAAAUUCAGGUUUCUAUGUGCAAUUAUCUGUACAUCUGCUGCACCACAACAACAUCGACUCAUAGGUUUCCAACAUAUGGAGAUCUCUCAUUCUCAAGAAGGUUUUAGACUGACAUGCAGUAGCGUAAAAGAUCAAAAUUAUCCACCUGGCAUUGUCCAGACUCUAGCUGAGGAUAUUGGAGAUGAACUAAGGCAAGAGUUAGCGCACUUUAAAAUGGUAUUCCAGGAAGAAUUGUACAUUGUCGUUCCUUCAAGUGCUUCAGAAUGAUUGAGAGAGAAAUGUAUCGGCAGAAAUGGUGUUUCGUGAUGUCCUGAGAAGGUUCAUAUACUCCUUAAGUUCGGCCUAUUCAAGGCGUUGAAGCCAUGGAAGGACAAAGGACAGUCGCGUUGCCCAAGUGGAAGGAUAUCCCUUAUGAACCAUUGACACAGAGCUCAUGGGCUGAACUUGUGUCGAUAGAGACUCAUGUUGCCAACUGACGCGGGUUCUUUUGAAAUUCUGAAAGAGAGCACUUGCCGGAGAAUUGGGAGGUAACCAUACUCGAUCAUGAAACCCGUGAAUUGGGAGGUAACCAACUGACGCGGUUCUAAUGAAACUCGUGAAUCGUGUUCUUCAGUUUCUGCCAAUUCACAAGGAUGUGAAAUACGAUGAGUCGGGUUUACCAUCCUCCCUCAUUAAAAUUUAUUUUCUUAAGCAAUCUCAUAAUUCAGUUUUUCGGUUUUCUGUUGUUUCCUUAAUCUUCACAAUGCGACUCCAUGGAGUGCCAGCCUAGCUUGAGAGUGGUGUAGAUGAUCUAGAGGCCAUUUCAGAUGUUUAUGUAUGAAGAGGUUCUGUUGUUUCCUUAAUCUUCACAAUUACUAAACGCUGUCGUUUUUUAUUUCCAA